UUUUGUAGUCGUGGAGCAGGGCUGACCUGUGUGUCUGCUGUGACAUCAUGGACAUCAACCUUCAGUCCCACCGGUUUUACUUCCCCCAGAUCUACUGUGCUGAACCGGGGGCGCAGCCGCAGCUCACUGAGUUCAAAGUCAGUGAGCAGAGUAUCUGCCAGGCGCGGGCCUCCGUCAUGGUCUACGAUGACACCAGUAAGAAGUGGGUGCCCAUCAAGCCUGGACAGCAGGGAUUCAGCCGCAUCAACAUCUACCACAACACUGCCAACAACACCUUCAGAGUGGUGGGCGUCAAACUGCAGGACCAGCAGGUAACGAGCAGCAGAUGA